UACAGUAUUGUGAACAGCAUUCACCCUUUGCAGUCUUUGAAAACGGGUCAUGGUGCAACAACCAGGAUGACUUCUAUCGAAGACGUUACGAUGGCAACCUCACCCCGUGAGCUCACACAGAAUCCGCUGAAGAAAAUCUGGAUGCCCUGCAAAAAUGGGCUUCCAGAAAAACACAUUUCUCAAAGAAAGGUUUGUAUGACCAACUGUCCUACCCUCAUUGUCACGGUGGGCCUUCCAGCCAGAGGGAAGACCUACAUCUCCAAGAAACUGACCCGUUAUUUGAACUGGAUUGGCGUGCCCACCAAAGAGUUCAACGUGGGCCAAUACCGUCGUGAGUGCGUGAAGAUCUACAAGUCCUUUGAGUUCUUCCGUCCAGACAAUGAGGAGGGCCUGAAGAUCAGGAGGCAGUGUGCAUUGGCAGCACUGAACGAUGUCCGACAGUACCUCAGUGACGAGGGGGGGCAGGUGGCGGUGUUUGAUGCCACCAAUACCACGAGGGAGAGAAGAGGGACCAUCAUGAGAUUUGCUGUGCAGAAUGGCUUUAAGGUGUUCUUUGUGGAAUCUGUCUGUGAAGACCCAGAUGUCAUUGCAGAAAACAUUGUGCAAGUGAAGCUGGGCAGCCCUGACUACAUAGACUGCAACACAGAGGAGGCAAUAGAGGAUUUCAUGAAGAGGAUCAAGUGCUAUGAGAACUCGUACCAGCCCCUAGAUGAGGUUCUGGACAGGGAGCUCUCCUACAUAAAGAUCAUGGACGUGGGCAGGCGGUACCUAGUGAACCGGGUCCUGGACCACAUCCAGAGCCGUAUCGUGUACUACCUCAUGAACAUCCACAUCACUCCUCGCUCCAUCUACUUGUGUCGGCACGGCGAGAGUGACCUCAACGUCAAAGGGCGCAUCGGGGGCGACUCCGGGCUGUCGGUUCGGGGCAAGGAGUUUGCCAGAUGUCUGGGCCGGUUCAUCCAGGACCAAAACAUCAAAGACCUGAAGGUGUGGACCAGCCAGAUGAAGCGGACCAUCCAGACAGCUGAAGCCCUGGCUGUACCCUACGAGCAGUGGAAGGCCCUCAAUGAGAUUGAUGCAGGUGUUUGUGAAGAGAUGAUGUACGAGGAGAUCCAGGAGCACUUCCCUCUGGAGUUCGCCCUCCGGGAUCAGGACAAGUACCGCUACCGGUACCCGAAAGGGGAGUCCUAUGAGGACCUGGUGCAAAGGCUGGAGCCAGUCAUCAUGGAACUGGAGCGUCAAGAGAAUGUGCUGGUCAUCUGUCACCAAGCUGUCAUGCGCUGCCUUCUGGCCUAUUUCCUGGAUAAGUCUGCAGAGGAACUUCCUUACCUGAAGUGCCCUUUGCACACAGUACUGAAACUCACUCCUGUAGCAUAUGGCUGCAAGGUGGAAUCCAUUUAUCUGAAUGUAGAAGCAGUGAACACGCACAGGGACAAACCAGAGAAUGUUAACGUCCAACGGAGCAGACAGGACGCCUUGCAGACCGUCCCACCUCACCUUUGACCCUCUCAGGCCCCUGUUUGACCUCCAAGCCAGUCCAGAGCACCAUUGUCUCAGGAGCAUCUUGCAUGGUUGGACAACCUCUCCAUACCACCAACUGCUGCUGCUGUUCUGCUCACAUGGGUGACCCUGGCUAGUUGACAAGCUUUCCCAUUGAAAUUCUGCCUUUUUCUGCCUGACGCCUCUGGUCCUGUUCAUCAUGGUUUUGAAUAUGCUGAAAAUGAGUAAAAAUGGAAUGCCCUCAGAUAAUUCUAGUAGCAUAAUUGUUUUUGAUCACUUUCUUUUUAUCAACAUUUGUGAAAAUCAUAAAGAGAACUAUUCUGAAGGCAUAUUUUCAUUGAGAAAUGAAAUUUGUUGACUGUUACUUAGAUUUUAACAGUAAUAGGUAUUUGGUAUAAUGACUACAAUCUCAGCAAUACCACAGACAUAUUCAUCUGUAAACAGCAGUACCUUGAAGCCAGGCAAAAUAAUUA